UAAUUAUAGACUGCAUUGACCAUGCUACAUCCUCGUGGUCCAUGAUGUAGGGGACUUAUACACAUGUUCACACUCCUCCUUCAAGCUCUCCACUUGUUUGCCUCUGUCUCUUGUUCAAAACCAUCUCACUGGACUCCAGGUUCCAGCUUGUGUUUUUUUCCCUCUAGAAAGCCAAAGCUCACCAUUGACCAAUUCUUGAGCUAAUCCCAGCAACAGCAUGUGAAUCUUUCUAUCAUUUCUUGAAUUUAUCUAUAAUGGGGUGUUGUGUUAGCACCGACAACAAUGAACCUUCAAAGCUUAAAAAACAGCAACAUUUUCAAGUAGGAUCUGAAUCUUUGAAGCCAACUAAGUCACCACCUCCUUCACUUUACCAAGAAGAAACAGUAAAAGAAGUCCUCUCUGAGACUCCCAAACCCAAACCACCAAAAAAUCCCAUAAAGAAUCCCCAUCUAGAAAAUGGCCCACGGCAUCAAGAAGUCCACAAGAAGGAAAGUAUCCACUUUGACCCAGCAUUUCUUGAUGAGAUCAAGAUUCAGGAAAACAGGUUCAAGAAAAUAUCAAAAGAAGAAGUUCAUCAUCAAGGUCAGAUCUCCGAACAAGAUGAAUCUGAAGUUUGCAGCUUGAGCUAUAGUGAAAGCAUUUCGACAACAACAACAACAAACAACAAUGACAAACGGGAUUAUUAUUAUGAUGAUGAUGAUGAUGAAGUGAAGCAAAGAGUGUCAAGAUCUCCACUGCCACCAAGAAACCGGGUUUCAGGUGAGUUGGGUCCGAGAAAAGACCGGGUCGUGGGCAAGUCACCCACCCGGAGAACAACCGAACAGUCACCAAGCAAGAGAAACGGUGCAAUCAAUGGAGGAUCAGUUAGGUUGGUUCAAAGCAGGGAAAUUAGUUCAGGUCAAGCGGGAGUUAGGAGGGGCUCGAGACCAGACCCAAAAAAGAGAGACCCGGGUGAAGGGUCAGCGAGAAGGUCCAGGUCCCCUGCCACUAAUAGAUCUGUAAUGGGUCGAAGCCCGUCCACAAGAAGGACAAAUCAAUCCCCAGGUCGGGUCAGGAAGGAUGCGUAUGAGGUUGUUGGUAAUGGUAGCAUGGAAAAUGGCAUGGAGGCCAAGUGGCCAAGUAGUAGUGAUGUUGCUAAUGGGACUACAAAUGACGAGUCGCUAGAAAACCCACUUGUGUCUCUCGAAUGUUUUAUCUUUCUUUGAACGAGGAAUAUUCCACCGUGAUCGCCGGAGUUAUGUUUCACGGUGAUAAUAGCCGCCACUAGGUUCACUUCACUGGCCUUUUUAGUUUUUCCGGGUUGCUUUUAGUUAUCUUUUUGUUAUGUGAAUAUAUAUAUCUAGUCACGAGGGGAGAUUGUGUUAAGGCUACUUGGAUGUGCAAUGCCAUUAAAUGACCAUUGAUUCCCUUCAUUUUUCUUGCCUUAUUUGCCAAGUUCUCUGCCCAUAAGAUUGGUGGUCUUCUGCUG